CAAACGAGCUGCUACAUUUCUCUUAAUUAUUUUGCCCUUGUGGUUUUGGCUCAUCCUGAAAGCACGAUUACCAGACUAAAGGGGGAAUUGGUAAUGCAAGAAGCAGCGCUUGUUCCUGGCGGAGAGCCGAACCCGCUAGACAGCACCGGGCUCUGCCUACUAUCUCUCGAUGGCGGUGGCGUGCGCGGUCUGUCGACCCUGUAUAUCCUGAAAGGGCUGAUGGAUCGAUUGAAUCAUGCACGCCCUGAGGGUUUACCAGCAAAGAAGCCAUGCGAGGUAUUUGACCUGAUUGGCGGCACCAGCACAGGCGGAUUGAUUGCGAUUAUGUUAGGUCGAUUGGAGAUGGAUGUCGAUGAGUGCAUUGCGGCAUAUAUCAAGUUGAUGAAAAUUAUUUUUGAUAAACCGUCAAAACGGGGUCUAUCAAGCAUAAUUGGCAAGAUUAAGUCCCAAUUUGAUGCCACGAAGCUAGAGAGCGCGAUCAACGAAGUCAUCACCAGCAGCGGGUCCAAGCCAACCGAUCUAUUUGAUAAUCAAGUUGACCGUGGUUGCCGGGUAUUCGUCUGUAGUAUUACGCAGGAGACCAAGGAGAUCGUGCGUCUUCGCAGCUACUCUAUGCACAAUAAGCCUGGAAUCUCGGCCACCAUCUGCCAGGCCGCUCGUGCAACCUCCGCUGCCACGACCUUCUUCGACCCUGUGUCUAUCGGAGCACGCAGAUUUGCGGAUGGCGCGCUCGGAGCCAACAAUCCAGUGGAUGAGGUGGAAGGCGAAGCGUCUGAUAUCUGGUGUGCACAAACAGGUGAUCUAAAGCCGCUGGUGAAGUGCUUCAUUUCGAUCGGCACGGGCAACCCCGGGAAAAAGGCGAUGGAGGACAACCUAUUGAAGUUUGUUUCCAAGACCCUACCAGCGCUCACCACGCAGACUGAGCAAACGGAAAAGCGAUUCAUCGCUAAAUGGCGGCAGCAUUAUGAAAGCAAGCGGUAUUUCCGGUUCAAUGUGGAUCAGGGGUUACAAGACGUUGGCCUAGCAGAAUAUAAGGACCAAGGCUUGAUUGAAACAGCAACAGAGGGGUAUCUCGACCAUCAGGAAGUGGAAUUUCGAUUGCGGGACUGUGUUGAGAACCUCAAAUCAAAGCAGAAUGCAACCAAUCUUAUGUUCACGGAAGAGAUUCGGGAAUAUAAAAAGCGAUUGGCUUUUUUACAGCAAUGGCAAGGCCGAACCCGGUGGCAGGUGCCAUUUGAACGAAAUGCCAAGUUUACCGGCCGCGAGGACCUACUUAGUGACCUGACACAGAAAAUGGAACGGAAGUCUGACGCCACCAGAAAAAUUGCAAUCAUAGGCCUUGGAGGUGUAGGCAAGACACAGCUAGUGCUUGAGCUAGCCCACCGCAUGCGAGAACAGUGCGCGAUUUAUUGGAUUCCAGUCAACAGCCUGGCCAAACUUCAGACAGCAUAUCAGAAAUUGGCUCAGAAUCUUCGCCUUCCUGGCCGUGAAGAGGAUGGCGUUGACAUCCUGGAGCUGGUCCAAACAUAUCUCAGUAGUGAGACCAUCGGCCCAUGGCUGCUGGUAUUGGACAAUGCCGAUGAUAUAGAUCUGUGGACUUCCCCACUCACAUCUGAGGCAGAAGCCAAGCGCCUGAUUGACUAUAUGCCCCGAAGCAGGCAUGGGGCGAUCAUAUGGACCACGCGCGAUCGCAAAGUAGCCACACAAGUCGCUCGAGAAACAGUGACUGUGCAGCAGAUGGACGAGUCUGGGGCCCUAGAUAUGAUGCAGAACUACUUGAUGUAUCCAGAUCGGAUCGAACAUGAUGUGUGUUUGUUAUCGGAUUUGGUGCGGAAACUCACCUAUCUUCCACUAGCGAUUGUUCAGGCUACGGCAUAUCUCAAUGAGACUGGAGAGUCACUCAAGACAUAUGAAACACUCUUAUCCAAUCAGGAUGAAGAGUUGAUAGAGCUCCUGAGUGAGCAUUUUGAAGAUGACGGCAGAUAUUCAGACACGGAGAAUGCAGUGGCAAAAACAUGGCUCAUCUCAUUUGAGCAGAUCCGUCGCCGCAGUUCUCUCGCUUUUGAGUAUCUAGGACUCAUGGCCUGUGUGGACCCCAAAGGCAUCCCCCGGUCACUACUGCCACUUUCCGAAAGGUCAACACUCAAACAGCAGACCGAUGCGAUUGGUAUUCUCGACGCAUUCUCAUUCAUCACUAGACAUGAGGGCGGAUUGGCGUUUGAUUUACAUCGUUUGGUACAUCUGGCUACGCGGGGGUGGCUGAAAAGAAAUGGAGAGCUGUCGACUUACCAUGAAAAAGCUGUUAUGCGGCUGAAUGAACUACUAUCAAACAUCGAGGAAACAAAUCGGAUGGAAUGGCGGGCUUACGUAGCCCACGCACAAUACGCCGUGGGUCGACAUGGGAACUACAGUAAGGAAGAAGCCAAUCUUGCGGAGAAAUGUGGCGACUGUUUGGACUUUGACUUCCGAUACCGUGAAGCGGAAGAGUUAUAUCACAGAGUUCUCAAGUAUCGAGAGACAGUACUGGGGCCAGAGCAUCCAGACACGUUCAUCAGUCUCAGCGUACUUGGUGUAAUCCUUGGUAACCAGGGCAAGUAUGAAGAGGCUGAAGCCAUGCACCGGCGAGACUUAGAAGGUUCAGAGAAAGUGCUAGGGCCAGAGCAUCCAGACACGCUCACCAGCGCCAGCAACCUUGCUUUAGUCCUUACCAACCAUGGUAGCUAUGAAGAGGCCGAAGUCAUGCACCGGCGGGUAUUACGAGACCGAGAGAAAGUGCUAGGCCCAGACCAUCGAGACACGCUAAACAGCUUUAAUAAGUUUGGUUUAUUCCUCUCCGACCAGGGUAGGUAUGAAGAGGCCGAAGCCAUGUACCAGCGGGCAUUAGAAGGGUUAGAGGACCUGCUAGGCCCAGAGCAUCCAGACACGCUUGACUGCGUUGGCGACCUUGGUCUAGUCCAUGAAAGCCUAGGCAAUUAUCGCGAGGCUGAAGCCAUGUACCGGUGGGCGUUUGAAGGAUUAGAGAAAAUUCGCGGGUUAGGGCAUCCAGACACGCUCGGCCACAUCAACAAUCUUGGUUCAUUACUUGAGAGCCAGGGUAAGUAUGACGAGGCCGAAGUUAUGUGUCGGCGGGCGUUAGGAGGAUCAGAGAAAGUGCUAGGGCUAGAGCAUCCAGAUUCGCUCGUCUAUGUCGGCACCCUUGCUUUAUUGCUCGAUAGCCAGGGUAAAUAUGAUGAGGCCGAAGCUAUGUAUCGGCAGGCGUUAGAUGGAUCAGAGAAAGUGCUAGGUCCAGAGCACCCAAACACGCUCAGCAACGUCAGCAACCUUGCUUUGUUGCUUGAUCGCCAGGGUAAGUAUGACGAGGCCGAAGCUAUGCAUCGGCGGGUGUUAGCAGGAACAGAGAAGCUUUGGAAGGUGCGGGAGCCAGAGCAUCCACACAUAUUCACCAGCAUCCACAACCUUUGCUCAUGCCUAGAUAGCCAGGGCAAAUUUGAAGAGGCCAAAGCUAUACGACAGGCACAUACUGUACCAUAA